GUGCACUGCUCAUCGUUUUUACUUUUUUUGUAAUGGCACUAAAAGAAUUUUAUUGCGGUUCCCUGCAUGAGAGAAGAGAUCGGACAAAGGGGCGUGGGACAGAAGAAAAAGCAAAAAAUGAUGGAAAAUGGGCGUGUUAUUGAGAAGAAAAAGUGUGAAGAGAGUGUGGUCAGUGAUAUAAACAUGAGGAGGAGUGAGCAUGUGGUGGAAAACGAAGAGUUGAGGAGGAUAAAAGGAAAAGAAAAGGUGAGCAGCGGUAGGGAAAACGAAGAGGUGAAGCGACAAAAAACGAAUAAAAACGGUCAACUCACAACUAAAACAACACGGAAAGGGAUAAAAAGCGUAAAAGGCGAUGCGAACGGCGAUGUAUCAAACAUAGGAUCGGCAGCAACCUCAGCAGAAGAAGACGGAUCGCUAGACUUGGUGUGUAAGAUUUACGAGCAGUUAUGGAAAAGGUACCAGUAUGGCAACGAGAAGGUGUAUGUGAAGGGUUUUACUGCAGAGCAAAUAAUGUACCAGAUGAAGGAUCUGAUAGACCACGUGGUAAAGGAAGCUGAGAAGAAAAUGGAUGAGUGUGAAGGAGAUGGUGUAUAUGAUGAGCACAGCAGCAAUGCAUGCAGCAGCAGCGAUCCAUGCGAUAAGAGAUGUGCAAAUGAUAGCGAUGCGCACGAAUCAUCAAGUGAAGAAGAUGAGUCUACGGACGAAAACGAUGGCACAGCGGUGCACAAAAUUGAUUCUUAUCAAACAUCCUUGGAUGUUUUGAAGGCGCUGGAUGCCGCUACAAAAUCAGAGUAUGAGUUGGAUGAGGAGAUAGAAAGUGAGUAUGGUGAGGAUUUAUGAAGCGAUUGGGAUACGUUGGCAGAUGGCGUAGAGACAGAACAUGGCCGUACAAAGUAAAAUUUUUAUUCUGGACGUAGUAGCACAACUGGCUUGAACCGCUAUCUCACGACAUUAAGAAGUGCUGGUGCAGUCUUGCCAUGUUUGUGCACCUAACAUAAACAACCGGCCAAUUCUGCACGAUUUUGUUCAUCCGUGCUUGAGCGGAUAAUUCGCAUUUUAUUUUGUGGAUGGUUUUCUCAUCGGGUUAAACAAUCCUUUAAACCACUUCUUGUACACGAGAACACUAAAAACAGUAGUGUAU